AAGUCAUCCACAGCCUUGACUUGUGAAACGCAUAUUUCAAACGACCAAGAUAAAGACUUCAUUCAGCUUGCCUUGAUAAAACUUCUUUUGAAGAGUUGCGACGAGAACCAGUUACACCGCGACAUCAGCGGUAUGCAAUUCCUUCAUGCCAUCACGACAGUCCUUUCGCUCUCUGCACUUUCAUCACUGGCUGCUACCAAGAGCUUAGACUCGUUUGAUGGCCUAAACCAAAUACGAAAUGGCAGUCCCUCGCUAUCAGCUGAGACCAUAUUUCGGCGCAACUCUCAGAUUGCAUCACAGCUAGCAGAGGGACCAGCCCGAGGGGUUCGAAAGAUGAGCGAUUACGAAGGCGAGAAGUUCUUCCUCGAUUACUGGGACUUUGUGGGUUCUUCGGGUGCCUUGACUGAGCGAUCCUUACCCGAGAGUGUCAACUUAACGACAGUCGAGACGGAAAGCGAGAACGGGUACUCGCCCGCACGAUUUGUGGACCAAUCAUACCCAUUUGAGUUCUCGUUUCCUCCAGAAUUUGAAGAGGGACUCCAGGCACGAGACUUCAAAUGCCCGACUGGUACAUCGGCAUGUACAAACAUUGACCGAUCCGAUCGCUGCUGUGGGUCCGGGGAAACGUGUGAGAUCGUCGCAGAUACGGGCCAUGGAGAUGUUGGCUGUUGUGCCAAAGAGAAAACAUGCUCUGGAUUGAUCGGUUCUUGUGCGAAUGAUUAUACUGCCUGUUCACAGGCUUUAGGAGGAGGAUGCUGUAUCCCGGGGUACGAUUGUGUUGAUGGAGGAUGUGCGUAUAUAACAGUCAUCACAGUGACUAUUCAUUCCUCCGUGGUUCUUUCCACGGUAACCUACUCGUCGAUCCCACAGACCAGUGCAUCGUCUACUGCUACAGAUACAACUUCCUACAGUAGCUCGACCACUACAAAUGACAGUCUAGCACCACCGGGACGACCAACAAGCCUCUCAACAGCAACAAGUUCGACCCGAGGUGAUGACCUCUGUCCUACGGGCUUUUAUGCCUGUUCUGCAGUCUACCACGGUGGCUGCUGCCGCACUGGACGAAACUGCGAUACAACGUCCUGUCCAACCAUAAUAUCAACGACGCUUGUAUCCGAUGGGGUGACGAUUGUCGUACCUGUUGCGACUACAACUGGUGGAUCUACUGGGAACCGAUGUGCUAACGGUUGGUUCCAUUGCGCUGACUCAGUGGGUGGAGGAUGCUGCCCUCGAGGGUUUGCUUGUGGUUCUAGCUGUACUGCGACUGACACAGCCUCUGCUACGACUGUUGCUAAGGAACAAGCGACUAGUGGAGAUGGGUCAGAGUUGAGGGCUAGUAGUAUGCUGCUGAUUAGUGUACUGUGGUGUCUGUGGAUAAUGGAGCUACGUUUAGCCCCCGGCCACUUACCGGCUGCUGCACUCGGACUUGAUCACCGAUUCUCGCCGAACCUCUUUCUCUCACUUCUCCAACUACUCCCUCAGGUCUUGUCAUUCAUCAUGUCGGAAACUCCCCAGAAGCCCCUCCCCUUCGUUUACCAGUUCGCCGCCGGUGCGGUGGCUGGUGUCUCAGAGAAAUGGAUUCGGCGUGAUUCGUUGAAGUCCGAUUGCCAAAUGCUCAAUCUUGAUUAUGUACGAUACCUUUACUCCGUUCCCUGGUCGCAUGGCCGUUCGUAUACGAGACAAUCUUGGUACCCAUUGGACGUGCUCAAGACUCGAAUUCAGCUGCAGACUGGAUCCGCUGUGCCUGGCACCGACCACUACAAUGGCAUGUUUGAUUGCUUCCGCAAGAUUGUUAAAAAUGAGGGUGCCUCCCGUCUAUAUCGCGGUAUCUCCGCUCCCAUCCUGAUGGAGGCGCCCAAGCGUGCUACCAAGUUCGCUGCCAAUGACAGCUGGGGUGCUUUCUACCGCAACCUGUUUGGCGUGGAGAAGCAGACCCAAGGACUGGCCACCCUGACUGGAGCCACAGCCGGAGCCACUGAGGCCUUCGUCGUCGUUCCCUUCGAGUUGGUCAAGAUUCGUCUGCAAGAUAAGGCCCAGGCCCACAAGUACAACGGCAUGUUUGAUGUCGUGAAGAAGAUCGUGGCCGCCGAAGGUCCUCUGGCCAUGUACAACGGUUUGGAGUCCACAAUGUGGCGCCACAUUCUCUGGAACGCCGGUUACUUCGGCUGUAUCUUCCAGGUCCGCGCACAGCUUCCCGCUGUUGAGCCCGGCAACAAGAACCAGCAGACACGCAACGACUUGAUUGCCGGUACCAUCGGUGGUAUCACCGGUACCAUCCUCAACACCCCCAUGGAUGUUGUUAAGUCCCGUAUCCAGAACACUUCCAAGGUUGCCGGCCAGACCCCCAAGUACAACUGGGCUUGGCCUGCUCUCGGAACCGUCAUGAAGGAGGAGGGCUUCUCCGCACUGUACAAGGGCUUCACACCUAAGGUCCUGCGUCUCGGACCUGGUGGUGGUAUCCUGCUCGUUGUCUUCACUGGUGUCAUGGACUUCUUCCGCAACAUGCGCGCCGAGUAA